AUGCCUUCGCUCAAGAGCAUAGCUGGCUCGGCAGUUAUACUUUUCUCCCGAAUCUCUAUAGCGGCUUCAGCCAGCCCCCAGGUGGACAAGCGAUACGUUGAGGUUCGCAACGAAGUCGCAUAUAAUGUCCUCGAGCAUGCUGCGACCGGCAUGAAGUUGUCGUAUGUCAAUAAUUCCGGAAUCUGCGAGACAACCCCAGAAGUCAAUCAAUACUCGGGGUAUCUGACAGUCGGAGAAGACAUGAAUAUGUGGUUUUGGUUCUUCGAAGCUCGCAAUAGCCCGAGUACAGCUCCUCUUGCCACCUGGUUCAAUGGCGGUCCUGGAUGCAGCUCCAUGAUCGGACUGUUCCAGGAGAACGGUCCGUGCCGCUUUGUCGACAACGAGACAGAGCCUUCCAUAAACCCAUACAGCUUCAACGAGUACGCUAACAUGCUCUAUGUCGAUCAACCGAUCGGCGUUGGCUUCUCUUACGGAAACGACACCGUCGUAUCGACUGAGACUGCUGCCCCGUUCGUAUGGAACCUGAUCCAGGUGUUCUUAGUACAGUUCCCGCAAUAUGAGAAUCGUGACUUUGGCAUUUUCACCGAAUCAUAUGGGGGGCAUUACGGACCAGAAUUCUCACACUAUAUUGAGCAGCAGAACAGCGGCAUCGAAAACGGCACGGUCGAGGGAGACAAGAUCAAUCUUGUUGCUCUGGGGAUCAACAACGGCUGGUACAAUCUGACAAUCCAGGAGAAGGCCGCGAUCGACUUCGCCGCGAACAACUCCUAUCGCUCGCUCAUCGACGAGGCCACCGCCGAGAAGCUCUACAGCACGUAUAACGUGACUUGCUUACCUGCAAUACAAAAAUGUUCGGCUACUGGCACGAACGCCGCCUGCGUCGCCGCGGACACAGCCUGCGCAAGCCGCAUUGAUAACGUGAUUUACAACAGCGCUGAUUUCGAUCCUUAUGAUAUUCGGUCGGGCUCCCGUGACCCUAACCCACCCGAGACCUAUGCCUCCUACCUUGCGCGCGCAGAUGUCAGGAAAGCCAUUGGUGCUGCGACAACAUUUAAAGAGUGUCCUGCGAAGCCGGGUGUGGGUUUCUCGCUGACAGGGGAUGAUGCGCGCUCGUUCCUCGAAAGGCUUUCAGAAGUCGUACAGAGCGGUGUUAGGGUCCUUACCUGGGCCGGCGAUGCAGAUUAUAUCUGCAACUGGGUUGGAAACUUUGGGGUGGCGAAUGCUGUGGACUAUUCUGGCCGGGAACAGUUCGCAGCUCAAGACUUGCUUCCAUACACUGUAAACGGGACCGAACUGGGGCAAUUCAAGACUGUGGAUAACCUCAGCUUUCUCAAGGUCUACGAAGCUGGUCAUGAAGUCCCAUUCUACCAGCCGGAAUUAGCUCUUCAGGUCUUCACGCAGACGAUGCAAGGCAAGCCGAUCUCUUCUACAUAA